ACGGCAGCAAGUGAUUUAUGGAUGUUGCUUAUGUUGUUUUCAUUGAACCAGGGCAGAACAUUUGUUGCUGUUGUAUGUUUUGAACAAUCUUUGAAAAAGACUGAUUAUUAGAAUAUCGAAAGCAUAAUAUGCCUCAAGACGGUCUAAGGUCAAUUGUUUGCAGAUCGUUUGUUAUGUGUGAUGAUCCGAAGGGAGUCGUAGAGUCCGCGAAGAAGAUGGAGCGCAAGAACAAAGGCCGAGUAUCGAUUAAGGUCGAAAGAGAGGAGACGGUGUCGAACGCUGCCGUGGAAGAACUUCGUUGCUCGUCUUCCUGUCAGCUGGUGGAGCCUUCUAGAGGGGCUCACAAGCUGAACCAGGUGAUCAACUCGGGGUCGAGAGGAGGGAUUUGGUGCGAUCAGCAUUCGGAAGAUAUAGCGAAAGAUCUGUUGAAAGGAGCUCUCGAAUUGCAGGAUUCUUUACACGUGCUGGGGAAGUUGCAAGAAGCAUCUCAUUUGUCUUGGUUGAAGAAGAAAGAGAAGGAAAUAUCUGAUAAGGAGAGAAACGAUCAAUUGAUUCGGAGAGUGAAUUCGAGUCCAAUCGGUGAGCGGAAUUCUCAGAAGGGAAUCCAGAAUUCGCACAUUUCAACAGGUGCUUCUUCAAUAGAUUGCAUUGACGAGCUUAGGGAGGUGAUUAGAGAUAGCUUAGCUAGGCAAAAUCUAUUACCAAAAACAAAGGCUAAAGAAAAGAGAUGUUUUAGUUCAAGAGAUCUGGAUUUAGCUUCAGAUAUCCCGUCCACAAGCUUGAGUCGAUCUUCUUCUUUUCAAACCGACAACUUUACUUCCAUGGAUUCGUCUGUCUGCUCGGCAAUUGAAGAGAAGAAGGCAAGAGGCCCAAGUUUGAUCGCAAAGCUUAUGGGACUUGAAGAAAUGCCUUCAAAAUCAUUGCAGACACAUUCUCAGAAUGUUAUGGAGAAAAACAAGACUUUCAGUCAACAAAGACCUAACUUCGAAAUUGAUACGCCGAAAGUACGGAAGUCUCAAUUUGUUUUACGAAAAAAAGAUCAAGAGAAGACGCUGAAGGAUGUCCUUGAGACCAUGCAUUUUAAAGGGCUUCUGAAAAACAACUCCAUCAAAGAGAUUAGGCCUGAUUCCUAUCAAUCAAGUGACUUCUUUACCGGAAACAGGUUGAUUAACAACAGUCCACCUAUUGUACUCAUAAAACCUCGACGUGAUCCACAUCUGCAACAGCAAGAGAAGUUUGAGCCAGUGUUUCAAGUGGAGAGAAGCUCAAACAUCGAAACAAUGCUCAAAAAGCCGAAAGUUAAAGAGGAUUCUCCUUCCAAAAUAUUUGACCCCGAUAAUAGAGGUUUGAACUUCAGUAAAAUGAGCAGAAGAGUGGAAGCAAAAGAAACUCCAGUGAAGAGACUUAUCCAGCAGGAAGGUGGAAAAGACGGUCAAAAUAACAAGACCAGACCAGUGAAAAAGGAAGUGAAGAUUAAACAAAGCCUUCCUACUAAGGUGAAAAGUCCGGGUUCUCUAACUCAGCCAUCUGUGAAGAAAAUGGCAACUGCAAAGAACAUCGACAUGAUACCGAACCCUAUUAUAAGCAGCAGGAAACCAUUUGGCAAGGAGGUUGCAAAAGCAAAGAACUUAUCAAGGUCUAGAGAUCAAGCUGAGGUUGUCCCUCGAAAGCCCAGUAAGCCUGAGAAUGCAUCAAAUGUUACGAAAAAUAAAAUUUCCCAUCAACCAAGUCCAACUGCAAACUCCGACUCUGUUCGCAGACCACAAAAUACAGUUCGUGGCCCCAUUGAUGUGAAAAAGAGUUCAACGAAAAAGGGAGUGAGCAAGCCUACCGUAGCUAAAAUAGCUACUGAAAAAUUAGAAGGCAAAGGAGUCGAGGUUCUUUUGGAAGCAAAGAAGAUUAAUAUUGUAUCAGAAAAUGAUACUGUUUUGGAAGAAAAGAGGAUUGAUCUUGCAUCAAAUGAUGAUACUGUUUUGGAAGAAAAGAGAAUUGAUUUUGCAUCAAAUGAUGAUACAGUUUUGGAUGAAAAGAGGACCAAUAUUCCAUCCGAAAAUGAUACAGUUUUGGAUGAAGAGAGGAUCGAUGUUCCAUCCGAAAAUGAUACAGUUUUGGAUGAAAAGAGGAUUGAUCUUGCAUCAAAUGAUGAUACUGUUUCGGAAGGACAUAGCACUGAAACGGCAUAUCAACUUCCUGCAGAUGAGGAGACAGAACACACUGAUAUUCAGAUUGGAGAACAAUGCUGUGAGAGUUCUGUCUGUGAAGUCACUCCAGUUGCUAUCAAUGAUCAGAACAGAACAAAAUCUAUCGGAGACGAUGAUGAUCCCAUCACUCCUAUUGGUGUCGACAGUGAAAGCUUCAUGACAGAGACCGGUCUAAAGGCAUUGCUAUUGAGCAGUCCAGCUUUUAAUGACACGCGACUUUCCUUGGACUGUGCGAACGAAAUUGUUCAACGAAAAAGCCAUCCUGAUUCUCAACUGAUCCACCAUCCCUGGUCAAGCCUGGUAGGAAAUGCCAAAAGGCAUCUCUCUCUAUACCAUUUGUUAAAGGAAACUCGCAAAGGUGUCGAAGCUCUGAGAAGCUAUAGCAAACUUGCCGAUGAAAACUACCCCACCGAUAGCCUUUAUGCAAUGCUGGAAAGAGAUAUAAACCACAGUGAAGUUUUGAGUGGAAUAUGGGACUUGGGUUGGAAGAAAGGAUUCUCAAUGGAUGACACAAUACAAGUAGUGGAAGAUAUAGAAAAGCAACUAUUUAGAGAAAUAAUUGCAGAGAUUUGUGCAUAAAUUUUGCUUAACAACUUGUUAAAACGGUUCAUCCGAUCUGCGGAUUCAAUAGCUUCAACAAGAUCAGUAAUGCAG